GGUGCGGUCUAUUCACAAACCCUUCCAAAACCCUUACCGUCGUCUGCCUUCGCAAUGCCCGGGGGAGAUGGAGCUUUGGUUCCCGUGCCCUCUGAAAACGGAGGUUCAGUAGCGGUUUAUCCGCUGCACCAUGGUCUUAACCCUCCAAUAGCUCGCCUCGCCAUCUCCUGGUCUCGAGGCAAUUCUCUCCGUGUCUCCGUUUUCAGGCCUCCUUCCGAAGAUCAAGCGGGAGGCAAGGUAAUGGAGGUUAAGCUUAGUAAUGGAGGAGACCAGGAAAUUACUGACGCGCAAUGGCGGAGGAUUGAGUACGGGUCGGUCUUACCAUUUGCAAUGCUUCAGAGUCGUAGGAGCUCCUUUUCCAGUUCGUCGAAGGUUUCCAAGAGUCCAUCGCCAUAUCAUCUAGAUUGGUGGGAGUAUGUAAUAGAGUAUAGUAAGGACAUUAGCUCACUUCUGGGUGGGCGAAAGUUGCCUCCCACUCCAAUAAUUGAAGAACCAAAAGCAAUCUUUAAGAAAGGUGAGGAGCCAACAUGCCUGAAAGCAGCAUGGGAGAUGAUGGAAAUGUUUUAUGCAGAUAAGCAAUCUCAAGCAUGGCUACCUGAAAGACUUGUUGAUUGGUUAGCUGAUUAUGACACCCUCUUUUCUCGAACUCAAGCAACAAUCCAUUCCAAGCUUGUUGAUUUCCAAAAGGAUCUUGUUAACAUUCAGGCGAUUGAAGAUGAUCCUAGAUAUUGGGAAGUGUUGUCAUCUGCACUUGCAGUUGGUUGGCUUGAUACUGUGGUUAAAAUGCUGCGUUUGCAUGGAUCUUACCAACUAGAUCAGCUCAGCAACCGUGAGGUAGAGAAUGGACUAGUAGAGGCAGUUGCUGUUCUUAUCUCCAAAAUGCCUCGUUUGCGUCCUGAAUCUGCUGUUGGAAAAUUAGGUGAAUGCUUUAAAUCCAAGCCUGAAUUUAGCAAGGCUUGGGAGAAAUGGAGAUCACAAAUUACAAAGCUUGAUUGUAGUGCAUUCUGGAUUCAGUGUGAUAAUAAUCAAACUCGUGAGGGCCUGAAAGGAAUGCUUCAAAUUAUGCUGGGUAACAUUGAUACUAUCCGUAUGGCUACAUGUCAUUGGAUAGAAUUGUAUGUUUCCCAUUUUCUUUACAUCAGACCAUUUACGGUGGGUAUAGAAAGCAUGUAUAGCUUAGCAUUGAAAUGCAUCCAAUGGAAACCAGCAUCCAACACUCACAGGUUGACAGCACUUCUGAUUGGAAUUCUUGAAGAAAACACUGAGGUUGUUUUAGCAGAAUGUUCCAAAGAAUAUGGCCCUUGGAUGGUUGCACAUGCUGUAGAAUUGUUGAGCGCUGGGAGUGAACAAGCAGAGAUCCUUCUACAUGAAGAGCGUUAUAACUUGGGGGGAAUCAGCAUAGGGGAACUGCAUCGACUAAUAUAUGCUCAAGUUUUAUCUUCACAUUCUUUGACUUGGCAAAUAGCACCAAUAUAUUUAACAUCAUGCAUGAAGCAAGGAAUGGGCUUGCUGGAGAUUUUAUUACACAGACAAUCUGUUCGACAUAAUGAAUUGCUGCUUAAGAAUAUUGAGUUAUGCCGUUUGUAUGGGCUAAACCAUAUUAGUUCAAAUAUCAUGAAGGUUGCCGGAGUUUAUCAUUGGAAGCAUGGCAAGAAAGGUGCUGGAGUAUAUUGGCUUCAACAAGCCCAGGAUGCAAAUCGCCUCCAUAGGAUUGCCCAACAAUUAUUUGAUUCAGUUGGGAAGUCAAUUUCUGAUGAAAGCUUCAGGCAAUGGGAAGGUGUAAUUGAAUUAUUGGGUUCUGAUUCUAAGAGUGCAGGAGGUCUUGAAUUCUUGCGCAAGUACAGGGACUUUAAAAGAUUUCUUCAGCAGGUAACCGGUGGAAAAUCAACUGAAGCUGCUAGGCAAGCUGCUGAGUCCCUCAUACUGCUAAUGAAGAAUCCAUCGACCCCUCAACGCUUUUGGCUUCCCCUUCUAUAUGAUUCGUUGAAGCUGCUUAAUUGGCAGGAUUGUCCUCUGCUGAAUGUGUCUGACACCAAUCUUCUGUUAAAUAAACUGCAAGAGUUAUCUUUGGCAAGGCUACGUCCAGACUUUAAGGAGUCCAGCUUACCACCUGAGGCACUAAGUUGUGUGAGGCUUGCUCUAGCAACAAAUCUUGGACGUGCUAUUCUUGAUGAAUAGGCUGCCCAGAAAUUUUAAGUCGUGGAUUCCGAAUACAAAUACCUCUCUAUCACCAAUGCUCCCAGUGCCUGGUUUUCUAUCAGCAUGCGGUAAAGGGCUUCUAAAUGUGAGAAGAGAUCAUACUAACGGGGGCACAAGUAUGCUUCAACGGAUGUCAUCUCUCGUUAAUUCUCAUGCAAUGAGUCUGGGCUUUACUGUAUUGACCCUAAUUUUUCAAGAAUUAGGACCAGAUGACAUCAGCAAGAAAUGAGCUAUAGAGAACUCUAGUUAAUUUUUUUCGUAUUUAGAUUGGAGAUGAAUCAUGCGUGUAAAUUAAACCGCUGUGAAUCGAAUAGCAUUGUAUAUUAAUUGAGUUUACCUUAA